GCGAGCCGUGUCAGCAGCACAGCAGCGGCUCCUUCAGAGGGUGGAAUCAAGUGGGAUACACGUUGGGUUCUGUUAUAUCUUUCGGCUUUUUGGGAAUACUUUCAUUUCUUCUCAGAAGAUAUGUUCAGACGAGUUGUACGGCAGAGCAAAUUCCGUCACGUCUAUGGCGCGGCGGUGAAGAAUGACCAAUGCUACGAUGACAUUCGGGUGUCAAGAGUCACGUGGGACAGCUCCUUCUGUGCAGUCAACCCAAAGUUUGUUGCCAUAAUUAUUGAGGCCAGCGGUGGUGGGGCUUUCCUCGUUCUCCCUCUUCACAAGACGGGCCGCAUUGACAAAUCCUACCCCACAGUGUGUGGUCACACAGGACCGGUGUUAGACAUCGACUGGUGCCCCCACAAUGAUCAGGUCAUCGCCAGCAGCUCAGAGGACUGCACAGUGAUGGUGUGGCAGAUUCCUGAAAAUGGCCUCGUCACUUCACUCUCUGAGCCUGUUGUGGUCCUGGAGGGCCACUCCAAACGUGUUGGCAUCAUCACAUGGCACCCGACAGCACACAACGUCCUGCUCAGUGCAGGCUGCGACAACCAGAUCAUCAUCUGGAACGUGGGCACAGGAGAGGCCAUGAUCAACCUGGAGGACAUGCAUCCAGACGUCAUUUUCAACGUUUGCUGGAACCACAACGGAAGCCUCAUCUGCACCUCCUGCAAGGACAAGGCCAUCCGCAUUAUCGACCCCCGCAAGGAGACCAUUGUUGCUGAGAGAGAGAAGGCACAUGAGGGCGCUCGACCAAUGAGGGCCAUUUUCCUCUCCGACGGAAACAUCCUCACCACAGGUUUCAGCCGCAUGAGCGAGAGACAGAUUGUCCUCUGGAACACGGAAAACAUGGAGGAGCCCAUGACUGUUCAUGAGAUGGACACCAGUAACGGAGUGCUGCUGCCCUUUUAUGACCCUGACACCAGCGUCGUUUACCUCUGUGGAAAGGGUGACAGCACCAUCCGUUACUUUGAAAUCACAGAUGAGUCUCCGUAUGUUCACUAUCUCAACACCUUCGCCACCAAGGAGCCUCAGAGAGGGAUGGGCUACAUGCCCAAGAGAGGCCUUGAUGUCAAUAAGUGUGAAAUUGCGAGGUUCUACAAACUGCAUGAGAGAAAGUGUGAGCCCAUCGUGAUGACUGUGCCCAGAAAGUCCGACCUCUUUCAGGAUGACUUGUACCCGGACACGGCCGGCCCUGACCCUGCCCUGGAGGCCGAAGAGUGGUUCGAGGGCAAGAAUGGAGACCCCAUCCUCAUCUCCCUCAAGAACGGCUACGUCCCCAACAAAAGCCGUGAAUUCAAGGUGGUCAAAAAGAACAUUUUGGACAGCAAGGUGACCAAGAACUCAGAGAACUCGUGCCCUGCCAACAAGUCUGCCUCCCCAACUCCAACAAUCAAAUCUGAAGCCAAGCUGGAGGAGAUCUUGAAAGAAAUCAAAUCCCUAAAGGACCUGGUCAGCAGUCAGGAAAAGCGAAUCAUCAAACUUGAAGAGCAAAUGUCCAAAAUCGCUAUUUAGGGACGUUCCCCCCCCCCGACCCCGCUACAAUUCAGGACGUUCCAUUGGCUGGGGGUGGGCGGGACCAGUCACUGCCUCUCUCAAUGACAGUGUUUCGCCUGAGGCCUGCCUAGCAACGAUCCCUAGCGACAUUCCAGAUGAACUUUUUUCUUAUCCAGCCCCCGACCCUCACUUCAACACAGGUGGAAUAAAGACGCGUGGCAAAUGAAGCAGAAAGUACUCUCGCUUUUUUGUGACAAAGGACUCUAUUCCUUUUAUUGUGUGGCAGUCUGUUUUUGUUUAUUUUGUCUUCUUGUGUCAAACAGUCUUAACAUUUUCCAUAUUUUAGAGUUAUGACCAAGAAAAUCCAACUGUCUAUUCCCAAAUAUUUUUAAGUAGGAUCAGUUGUUUCAUAUUAUUCCCGUUAUGAGGUUGCCAAAGUCCAAAUUACAGGAACUCCUCUUUUCCAGAAUUUCUUGAUUGAAAACAUAAAAUAGUCGCAGUUGAUGCGUCGCUAAGCACACAGACGUGACAUAAACGAGACAUUUCCUGUCUGUGUUGAAGCUGCACAAACUAACGCCUGCUUUCCGCCAUUCCUGCUGCUUCCCAUCAUUCUGACUGUGCACAGCGGUCCAUGUAAACAUGCAUUCCUUUCUAUCUUUUCUAACAUGCACUGUGUGUUUGGUGGAGAAUCAUUCCUCCAAAAUCAUCAGCAGUUCUUCAUGAACUGGAGGGGAAAAAAAAACACCUCUGUACAGCUGUAAACACUCUGCUGCAGUGACUCAGUUACACCAGCCGGCUUGUUUUUGUGACUUUUCUGUGCUGCUGUGAAGAAACCGACCUCGGCUCUGGUUUGUUUUUGUCACUGACAUUCAGUUCAGUUUUUGUUCACGCAGAGGGAUGGUCGUCUCUCUCUGAGCUGUAUUUUCUGUGUAAAAACAAUCAGGAAGCAUGAGAGUUAGCACACAUCAUGAUGGUUUUAAACUCACCUGGUGAUAAUCUAAAGACGACAGGGACGAUAAAGGUCUGUAUUGUGAGUGAAUAUGUGCCUCUCUUGGUUAGCUGUCACUACGGACCUCUGAUGUUUGUUUCUUAUUUUGGGGAGCUCAGUAGAAAGUUCAAGACUGCACUGCAAAAACUCAAAGCUUAGCAAAUGUAUCACUACUUCUUACACUCAUUAUACACCAUGAUUGUCCAUAUCAAUAUCUGAUUUUGAGAGAUUACAAGCAAAAAUAGAGCCUGAAUUACUGGCGUACUGCUGCAGUGAGCAGAUUUUACCUGACGGGUUUGUCAAACUGAGAUGUAAGGUUGUCAGAACACCUAGAUUGUAAGCUUCGAUACAAUCCAAGAAAAAUGUAAUGAUUCUGAAUCCUAUUUUGAUACAACAGCAGUAAAAUAUUUGGAACUUCAUUGCUUUUAACAACAGUAACGGAUUAUAAUUCCUGUGUAAAGUCCUGCUAGCUAACAGUGUUGACGGUGACCGUUGUGAAGUACAGACCCACAGCCAAACCAGCGCUACACAAGCUUUGUUUACUUUUCUUUAUACCACCAUUUUCUUUUUAAUGCAGGAUUAUGACCUAAUGAGGGAGAAAAGCCGCUAAAAAGUGGCGCCAAUCCCAAACAGCCUGGCCUGCCAUAACAUCCAGAUUAUAAUUCACACAAAUAUGUCAGUCACUAUCUGGACCAUCUGCUUUCACCAUGUAAAGUUUGUUAUCCUGCUAGCUAACUGCUGGCUAUAGCAGUUAGCUAGCAGGAUAACAAAAAUAUAGCAACUAGCUAGUGGUAGUUGUGAGGUACAGACCCAUAGCCAGCGUGGCAAGGUCCCAGCUUCCUUUGGUCACUCUGAUGCUUUAAAUUUAAAAGUCUUUUCUUUCAAACGUGCACUCAACAAGCUUUAUUUACUUUACAGUAGAGCACUGUUUUCUUUUAAUGCAGGAUUACAACGCAAAGAAGGAGAAAAGCUGCUAAAAAGUGGCGCCAAUCCCAAACAGCCUGGCCUGUGUCGCUAUCUAUCCUAGCAGUGAAGGGGACACUUACAGUACACCAUUAGUGUGGGCAAAUUGGCAGCAGUGACAGGAUAUGCCAGCCUUUUACAUUUGACACCAUGGUAAAUAGGAUUCAGCCAGCUGUUUCAGUUGUAAAUAUUGAUGUAGCAAUGCCUCAGUUUAAGCCCUGUUGGUAAACAUCCGCCCUCUGCAAAUACUGUGGUAUGAAUGCAUAUCAGUAGGCAGUGUUUAUCUCCAUUUUAUGCUGGUGUCUUGCACACCUAACUGCUGAUUCAGAGAUGUUUUUUAUUGGUCAAAGUCUGAUCUGUUUCUAUUGUAAAAAAUGAGAGAAAUGCUGGCACUGUAGGAGUCGAACACCAAAAGAAAUGAUGUGGAAAAACAUCAGCAUGUGCCCUUAUUUUCACUUUUGGUACAUCUCUAGAAAACAUAAGUGCAUCAAAAAUUGCAGGCAGAGUUCCACCCAUUGAAAUGUUGCCCAGUUUUGGUACAUUUUGGAAAGCUUGCAGGAAUUUUUGAUGGGUUCAUUACUUUCCGAUGCAUAAACCUUUUUUGAUAUCAAUUGAUUAGUAGUUUAAAAAUGUGAUAUCAAGAAAGAUUAAAUUCUGACAACCUGAGCGUGACCUACUCACUGAUUCAGACAAUGAACAAGCCUUCUUUUUUGCUUUGCGUUUUUAUAUAAGAUCUCUACCUGGAUGUGUCACAUGAGUACUGAGAUAUUAAAUACAUUUUGCUAAGAUUUGAGUUUUUGCAGCUCAGCCUUGGAUGAAACGUACAGCUAGGUGAUUCUCCACCCUUCCUUUCAGCCUGUUUCUUGCUCCAGCUGUGCUUAUAUCCCUCUUAGCACUUCCACUUCUUAUAUAUUUUAACUUUAACUCCCCAAACGCCCCCAUAAUCAGCACGUAAAGGAACCAUUUAAUGAUCAGUCGGAGCUGUUUCUUUCACGCAGCUGUGAUAAAUGUCCUCCCUGGUGUUUGGUUAGGAAGCUGAGACGGGUAAUGGUUCAGUCUGUUGUUUGCCUUCAAUCUUUGUUACCACUGUAAAGACCUGAAAGUGCCAUAGAGGAGAGCACGGACGUGUGUAUGUGUAGGAGGAUUAUUGUGUGGUAGAUUUGUGUAGAAGAGAUGAUAGGUGCCCGGAUUUAAAACCACUUAAAGGUGCUAGUAAAUAAAAAAGAUGACCCUAUUUCUAAAGAGCUGUAUUUGUGAAUCCAUCCCAACAUUGGAGGAUAUGUUUGAAACUUUGCUGCCCCCGACGUUCAACACUUUCCACCUCGGUACGGGUAUUUAAAUGUCCUCAUGUCAAAGCUAGUAGCUGUUAGUGAACGCACACUCUUUAAAUAAUCAAAUCAGCAGAAACGUGGGUCCAAUGCAAAGACACUGCCCUAUCCUGUAUAUCAGCUUCUUUACAGCACUGUCGGCACGAGAGCAACGUACGAGGAGUAGAGUAGCGAUCCAAAGGGACUCAGUAGGUGGAGAAAUGUGCAGAUGAGAGAUAGAUGUAUGUUUGUAAUUAAGGUCUAGGAAAUGUGUGAGAGCUGUGUAAAUAACAUGACCAUAUUUUCUGUAUUUUUUUUGUUUUUUUUUGUGGUUGUGCUGAAGAGGGUCUUUGUGUGGGAGGUGGGUUUUAAAUGUUUCCCCUGUUUCGUCCGUGUUCCCUGCACCUUGCCAUAAAAAGCACCAUGAGAAAAGAAGCAGAAUCAGCGUGUAUGUCGGAGAGAAUCAGGCGAGAACGGAACCAGGACGGAGCCUCAUGUCUGCUCAGCAUUUUUGUUCAUUAUUCUUGCUUCAAGUAUCAAACAUUGAUUAUAAGAAAAGUUAAUAAAGAAUUUUUAAAACUGA